GAGUGCAUGGGGCCUGUUGCAGACGACAUCGCGUAUCUCUCUUUUCACUAUGAAUAUUUUUGUCCUUAGUUUACCGUUACUGUACAUUUUAGGGUCAGCAAUAUGCACAUAUGCUCUACCGCUUCGCCCAAUAAUAGGUGUCCUGGCACAAGGCAGUUCAUCGUCGAUAAAGAAGUAUGGCUCGUCUUACAUUGCUGCAUCCUACAUAAAGUAUCUAGAGUCUGCCGGCGCUAGAGUGGUCCCCAUCCUUGUCAAUCAGACCGAUGAAUACUAUGGCAACAUUUUCAAGUCAGUUAAUGGAAUAUUGUUUCCAGGAGGAGGGGCUGAUAUUGUGGAUGAUGUCUCGAGAGUAGGUUAUUCCGGUGCAGCGCAUAUUCUCUAUCAUCUAGCAGUUCAGGCUAACAAACAGGGGGACUUCUUUCCACUCUGGGGAAUAUGCCUUGGAUUUGAGGAGCUCAUGAUUCAGACUGCAGGGACAGAUGUCCUCAUAGAAGGCAUCGAGGCACACAACGUUAGUUUCCCCAUACAUCUGGAACCAGGUUUUGAAGAUAGUAGAUUGCUGAAUAAGAAGACUACACCACCUAGCAUCAUCCAUACAUUGACUACUGUCAAUUCAACUCUUAACUCUCAUUCCAUGGGAGUAACACCAGCAAAUUUUACCAAAUUUCCUGCCUUGUCAUCAUUCUUCCAAGUUCUUUCCACCAACCAUGAUUUGAAUGGUGUAAAGUUCAUCUCAACUGUGGAAGCCUAUGAUUUUCCAUUCUACGGCACCCAGUGGCAUCCUGAGAAGAACGCCUUUGAGUGGAAAGUGAAUUCCUGUCACUCCAAAGAAUGUGUGGAGCUCAUGCAGUUCUUGGCAAACUUCUUUGUAGAAGAAGCACGGAAGAAUCAGCACCAGUUCAGCUCUGCCGAAGAGAUGGCCAAGUAUUUGAUCUACAACUACCAACCGAUCGACCUAUCUCAGUCGUCAAGUUUCUUUGAACAGGCUUAUUUCUUCCAAUAAGGUGUUCGUUGUUCCUGUGAGUUUGUUCGUUCUUCAUGUGAGUUUGUUUGUUCUUCAUGUGAGUUUGUUCGUUCUUCAUGUGAGUUUGUUCAUUCAAUAUGGUUGUGAGUACUUAUUUCUAAGAGGUAGACAGGGUUUGAUAGUAGACAACCAGUUUCAAUGCCAGCACAUCAUGUUUCUUAAUGCUCGAUUUGUGUGGAUGCAAUUAAAUAAUGAAUGGGUAUUGGUGCUAUUGUUAUGAAACUAAAAUGUAUCUUAAGAUUAUAUAGAGGAGAUAAAAAAUUAACAAUAUUGGAAAGCGAUAUAUGUGUAGCGUUAGAAAGCUUGUAAAGAACUUGUGGAAAAUUAAAAUAGACAUAUUUAAGGCAUCAUGUUCCUUUAAACAGGCUUUAAUACUUAAUGCAACUAGGUCGUUCUUCCAGUAUUAAAGGUUGUGAGUAAUGAUUUCUAAAAAUUAGAGACGAAUUUAUAGCAGACAGCUAUUUACAUAUAUGUAUGGUUGUAUUUAAUCACAAAUUGGAAAUGAUAUUUUGUAAUCUUUUUAUAGUUCAAAGUAAUAUAUUUCAAAUUACUUCAUAUGAGUAGAAAAUACACAAAAGUGGAGAGCAUUGUAGCUGUAUAGUGAGCUUGGGAUUUAGAGCUCUGGAAAAAACCAAAAUCGAUGUUUCUAAUUCAUCAAGUUCUUUGAAUAGGCUUACUUUUCCAUUUGAGGUUAGUAGAAAGAUGUAAAAGAGAGAAAUGGGUGCUGUAAAUGCCUAACUGUAAGUCAUUAAAAAAUGCUGUUUAAACGAGCGUGUUUUAAGGAGAGUUUCAAACUUAUAAAUUGCGUAUGCUUCCUUCAUAUGUGAUCUGAGUAGACCUGUUCUGAAUCAGGAGCUGUUCAUCAGAAAAAUAAAUGCAGAAUAUUUUGUUAAAAUCAUGGAUCCAAUAUACAAAUACAUUCACAUGCCUAUAUCUUUUUACAUGCACAUCAACAUAUCUAUGGGUUACUGACACAUUACAAGUAUAUGCCUCGAUAAGUUGUACAUGUAUGAUCACAUUCCUGUAAAUAACAUGUGGCAGCGAACAUUAAAAAAUCUGUUAUGGAAAAGAAAUCUGGAAGUUCACAGUACUCACCCUGAAGACUUUAAUGGCAUCGGCCCUCACAGCAGCGUGCAGGGGUGUCUCUCCCAUGUUAUCCUCAGCAUUGGUGUACACAGUUGAUUGAAAGAGAAAUCAAAUCUUAAGUCCAUGAAACAAUGCACGCAAUGCACACACAGUACUAGUAGUAGUACUACUAAGAUUGUAGUUGUGUUUGUGAAUGGGGUGACAUCAUCACUAACUUUCCCGAUCAGCUAGUACACAGCAGAAUUAAUGAAUGGGCAUGACAUAUUCACAAAUUCUCACGUCAGCAUAUACCUACACACACACAUACACACCCACAGACUCAGUACAUGUAAG